UCUCUCACGUGCCGCGACUGCCGGCAUCUGUCCUUACACACGUGUGCCCUCCUCAACCUCCCCCUUCUUAUAAUCUCUCUCUCUCUACCCCUCUCCUCUCCUUACGAAACCGUCCUCUUUUAACAACUCCCGUCCUUCCCCUCUCUUUUCAACGCAGCUCGCCAUGUCGGUAAAAACAGUAAAAGUCAGCAACGUUUCCUUAGGAGCAUCUGAGCGAGACCUCAAAGAAUUCUUUUCUUUUUCUGGUGAUAUUGAAUAUGUUGAAAUGAAAAGUGAUAAUGAGCGAUCUCAAAUUGCAUAUGUUACCUUCAAAGAUUCUCAAGGAGCAGACACUGCUGUUCUUCUCUCGGGAGCAACAAUAGUUGACCUUUCUGUCACUGUGGCUUUGGAUCCAGAUUACCAGCUUCCACCUGCUGCUUUAGCAGAACUCUCUGCAACAGGAAAUAAAGCUCCUGGUGAUGAAUCAGCUCUUCGGAAGGCAGAAGAUGUAGUCAGUGGCAUGCUUGCAAAGGGUUUCAUCUUGGGCAAAGAUGCAAUCAACAAAGCAAAGGGUUUUGAUGAGAAGCACCAGUUGACUUCGACAGCCUCAGCUAAAGUUGUUUCUUUCGACAAAAAGAUAGGUCUCACUGAGAAGAUUAGUGCUGGCACCACUGUUGUUGGUGACAAAGUCCGGGAAGUGGAUCAGAAAUUUCAGGUUUCUGAGAAAACCAAAUCAGCAUUUGCAGCUGCAGAGCAGAAAGUCAGUAGCGCAGGAUCUGCCAUAAUGAGUAAUAGGUACGUGUUUACUGGGGCUGCUUGGGUGACUGGUGCGUUCAAUAAGGUUGCCAAGGCAGCUGGGGAUGUUGGCCAGAAGGCAAAAGAAAAGGCAGGAAUGGCUGAAGAGGAACAAAAGAGGAAAAUGGUGGAUGACUUUGCUCAGGUCCACCUUUCUGAGUCUCCCAAAGCAUCCGGUGCAAGUGACCAGAAGCCGUCCAAGCCUCCACCUGCACAAGGUUUGAUUCUUUGAUUUACAGUUGUAAAUUUUUCAACUAGAACGUUUGUAUUUUAUUAUCUCUUGAUUACUUGCUGGAGUUUUCUCAGUAUGGAAAAAGCUGUGAAUGUAGGACUGGUUGCUCCAAUUAGUUGGAUAAGAUUGCAUGCAAUGUCUCGACUUCUUCCCCCAGAAUGACAAUGUACAAAAUUUCGUUAAAUCUUGUUGUUUCUGUUAUUUUCUCUUA